AGUAUAAACGUGCAGUGGUAUUGAGUUGAAGAAGAACUCUGAUUCAAGAAUAUACUUGUCAUUAGAACGUUGCAGAACCAAACGUAGAGGAAGAAAAUAAGGUUAAUACGAUCAUAAAUCGACACCGUGAGCGCAAAAUGGAAACCGAAGAGGAGGAAAACGAAAACAAGCUACUACAUUGUCACCAUCGAUAACAACACAAGUGGAUACCCCAGGAUGACUCACGUCACCUUGUACUAUACUUGCGCUGUCAUGGUAAGCAUGCUAAUCCCGAUCCUGGCAGAAUGUCCCCGGCUCUGCGAAUGCAAAUGGAAGAGCGGCAAAGAAUCCGUUGUCUGCUUGAACGCAAAUCUAACCGUCGUUCCGCUACAUCUGGAUAGCGGAACGCAAAUCCUGGACCUGACGGGCAACGGUAUCGUAACGUUGAGAAACGAGGAGUUUAGCAAAGCCGGCUUACUCAAUCUGCAGAAGAUUUAUCUGGCUAAGUGCAAAUUGAAAACCAUAGAGAGAUUUACUUUUAAAAAUUUGAUUAAUCUCGUCGAGCUGGAUUUAAGUUACAACGUCCUUUCUUUCGUGCCCUCGCACGCUUUCGACACCAUUCCAGAAAUAAGGGAAUUGAAGCUGAACGGCAACCCCAUCCAGAAAAUAGCGAACAGCGCCUUCUCCAGUACACAUGACUUGAUUCGACUAGAGUUAUCACACUGUCGUAUUAAUUUCAUAGAACAGGGAGCUUUUUUAGAACAGGCAGAUAAACUAGAGUGGCUGAAGCUAGAUUCGAACAGGCUUACCGAAAUAGACGUUUCUGUUUUGCAGAGGCUUCGGAAUUUGCACGGAUUAGAACUAGCAGGAAAUCCGUGGAAUUGCUCGUGUAAAUUAUUAAACCUGCGGGAGUGGAUGAUUCGUCGGAAUGUUCCUUAUGACAUCCCACCCACUUGUCAAUAUCCGAAACGAAUCUUUCAGAGAUCGUGGAGAGUUCUAGAACUGGACGAGUUCGCUUGCGCGCCUAAAAUCGUACCUACAGAGCACAAAGCCAAAGGCGUCGAAGGUAGAAACGUAACUUUAACAUGUAAUAUAGACGGUGUUCCUAAUCCAACCAUAAAAUGGUCAUUUCGAAACAGGGUAAUAGCUAAUUUAAGUGGAGUAGCUCAAUGGAGCGGUAAGAAAAUGUAUAUAUUAAAUUUAAGGAAUAAUUCUAGCGAACUCACUAUCUACUCGGCCGAGAUGCACGACGCCGGUUUGUAUACGUGUUCAGCGGAAAACAAAGCCGGUAAAUCUGAAGCUAUGGUGACGUUGACUAUGGGAAAAAAGAUUCAGGAAUCGACAAUCUCCGACAAAACUUUAGUUGUCAGCGUGCUUCUGGGUCUGACCGUGACAUUUCUGUGUUGCGCGGUUGCCGUUUAUUUCGCGAGUGUGAGGAAAAAACGGAUUUUGAACUGGCACUCGAACGAGUGCCGCAGAGACGACAAUUACGAAAAGAUCGAAAUGAAGGAGCGCGCAUCGCGUAACGUGAACGGUGGAGUGGCUAGAGAUGGUACGGGUUUAGUGGCUGUUUCUCGGAAAAAUGGUGAUUACAGUGUCGUUCCUGGAACCGAUACGGAUCACGAGGUAGACGAAGAAGAGGAAAGCACCUUAGAAAUUACGACACCGGGGACAUCGGCUGACAAAAGGUCGAACAAUGGUGCGGAUAGUAACCGUGUAAAUAAAGCUGCGUGCACAGUAGAGGCUGACAAUGACAAUACAAGAGAAUCUAGAGACAAUAUCAAGAGAACCUACAAUUCGACGUUUGGUACAUAUAAAAUUUCACCGGCCCCUUCAGCAUCUGUAAGACUCAGUCCGCCAUCGCUUAGCGCCACCUACACGGCGACGACCUCCAGACAGGUACCCGACGUUAUAGGACACUCUCCAUUCCGCAACGUCAGCAGCCGGACCCAAAGCGAAAGAGGCAGUGCCAGCGACAUCAACGAACUGUUUUGCACACUUCCCAGAAAACGGGAUCUUCCCAAGUACAGAAGCAGCGACAGCCAGUCGUUGCUUCUACCGGAAAGUCGCUAUGGGAGUGAAAGCGGAAGCAGUUCCGACAGUUUUGCCAGGAGGAUGUCCAUCGAGACCCGACGGUUUCACGACUCUAACUUAACUAAGCAUCGAGGAAACAGGACAUCGGGAGGUAGUUUACUUAAUCUGUCACGCGAUGAGAGAUGUAUAGAUCCCACUUCGACUCCGCUCCUCGACGUCAAGAGUCUCGAAACCAGAAUGCGGCGUAAACCAUCACAGUCUGAGUUUGCUUCACCUGGUAAUCCUUACGAUUGUCAUGCAGCUCAACUUGAAAAAUUUCUCGAAGAGUAUAGAGUUUUGCAGAAACAACUAACGAAAAUGAAGGAAACUUGCGACAGUUUAUGUCAAGAGCGGACGCGAGGAGAUGAGUCGAUAGUUGCCUCAUCGUCGGCCAAUACUGGCGCAAAUUUAAAUAAUCGAAUUAUCUUACCUAAUACCAAUCAGUCAAUUCAAGAUUCCGUCGAAUUUAAACAUUUCGAAAACCAAUUGACGAAAUAUUUGAUGACGAGGAGUUUGUCGACCAGAAAUUUCAGUUCCGAUAUUUUGCAUAAUUAGUUAUGACAGGAUUGACGUUUCUUUGAAAAUACAAAAAUAUAUAAUGAGAUUCAAUAUUUGUCUUAAUUAAAGACUGUGUUCUGUUCGAAAACCAGUUAGAUAAAUUUC